ACGCACGGCGUCCCUCCACUUCCGCUUCCGCUUCCGGCCGCGACUGCGGGAAGAUGGCUGCGGCCGUGGCAGCUUCGGCUCUGACGGUCACCUUCGGGCGUCUGGUGUCCGCGUGCAGCCGCAGCAUCCUGAGACCCUCGCGGCCCGGAGAGGCUUCCCUUUGGUCGGCUUCUCGAAGGUUCCGUUCACAGAGCACUUCAUAUCCCCAAGGAUAUGUUCCUAAAACGUCCCUGAGUUCACCACCUUGGCAAGAAAUUGCACUGCCAGACCCUGUGGAGGAGGCCAAGCACCAUGCAGAGGUCGUGCGGAAGGUCAACGAGCUGAUCGCCAUGGGGCAGUACGGCCGGCUCUUUGCCGUGGUGCACUUCGCCAGCCACCAGUGGAAGGUGACCAGUGAGGACCUGAUCUUAAUUGAAAACGAUUUAGACCUGGCAUGUGGAGAGAGGAUUCGAUUAGAGAAGGUCCUGCUGGUUGGAGCCGACAACUUCACGUUACUUGGAAAGCCUCUCCUUGGAAAGGAUCUCGUUCGAGUAGAAGCCACAGUCAUUGAAAAGACAGAAUCAUGGCCAAAAAUCAAUAUGAAAUUUAAGAAAAGGAAAAACUUCAGGAGAAAAAAAAUUAUCGUGUCGCCACAGACCAUCCUCCGGAUAAACACCAUUGAGCUCACCCCGUGCCUGCUGUGAUUUUUGAGCUGACGUUUACAGGGUAUAGAAAUAAACUUGUCCUCCAGGGAGA